UUAAAGAGCUUUGAUGCCACAAUACUGAGUGGCUGCACAUCAGAUCCUGAACUCAGAAUCCAUAAGCCAAAGUCUUCUCACUACUCCCUCUGCUCCACGUCUGCCUUCCUAAUAGGCUGUGAUGGUACAUCCAAAUCGUGACUGGCCUUUACGUUCAGAACAACUCAAAGAGUCUCAUAGGUGGGGUGGCUCCAAAAGACCUAGGCACCAGAAUCUGCAAAACGUUCAGGAGAAAGUAGUUCCUGGUAGACCCCUGCCUGAUUAUCAACAGCAUCUCUACAGGCUGCUGGGCCCUGAGAAAGCCUCUGAUAUUGUAAAUCCAUCCAUUUUGGAAAAGCCGAUAAGCCCUCCAGUACAGCGCCUACUGGUGGCUAGGACAGUCCGGGGAGCUGAGGAGCUAUGGAAGGCCCUGCAUGAGGAACCCAAGCUCCGGCGUCAGCUUGCAGAAGCUAAGAAGGGCAACUUGCUUUCCUACCAGGUACCAUGGCUAGGACGCCCAGUUUCCACAUAUCGGAUGCAGCAAGUGGAUCAUUGGCGGCGACAGCUGCACACAAUGUACCGUCUUGGGAAACAGCACCAGCGCACAGCCAGCUGUCUCCUGGCCACAAAGCACAUCACUGACCUCAGCGACCCCAAUGGGACUGAAGGACCCACUCGCUACCUGCACUUCACCCUGAAUAGUAAGCAGCGGCCGGCCAGUUGCCCUGAAGGACCAACCAACAGAGCACAGAGACCAAGCUACCCAGACCCCACGGUGAUGCCUCCUAGUUAGAGGAAAUUUCUUACUUCUGAAUGUGAGUCAGGCAGCUAGUGAUUUAUUUCUCCUUCCUUUAAUCUGUCUAAUCCAUUUUUUAAAGCUAUCUAUACGGUGGCCAUUUAGUGAAGGACACCCUCCUUUGAUCCAUCCUGAGUUUAUUGCCCAUCAGCAUCAUUGAUUACCCAUAAGUUAUAGUAUUAUGGAACAAGAAGUUUGUUCUGUCCACUUUCUCUAACACAUCAUGUUAGCCUCCAGAUCCAAGGUGUUUGGGUACCAUCAUGUGUGAAUAAUUCUGUGGACAAGGAGCCCUCUAUUCCAGUGCUGAUCUAAUUAUUUCAAGUGUGAGAUGUGACAAGUUCUGGGGUGUGUGUGUGUGUGUGUGUGUGAAUUCCUGAAAUUUCCUUGGGAAUAAUUUUUGAAUC